GCUGCCUCUUGUCACAGAGAGAACAGUUCACUUAAAUGCAGCUGCAGUACUUUUGUGUGAUACCUGUCAGAAUCAUUCCCAGUGCGAGGUUGGGUUUGUGACCAUGAUGUCAAGAUUGGUCUUUCUCCUUUUCUGUGGAUAUAUUGCAUUAAACCUGGGAAAUGCUCAGAAAUUGCCAAGAGUGAAAAGGCAAAGUCUGAAAGUUCAGAUCAAUGCAACAGAUGACACCGUUUGCAUGAGGUAUCUUCGACCAAGUCAAAACACCAAACUAGAAGGUUUUGUCCUGGGUUAUGGAAGCAACUUCUUUUCUAAUCAGUACGUUCCUUUACCUUCAGAAGGAAACACCUACGUAACAGAACUUGAUGCAGAGCCACGGUAUUUGGUUUCAGUAAGACCAGCACGUAUUUCAAAUAACAAGAAAUCAUGUUCAGGUCGAAACAAGACUCAGAAGCCUCUGCAGCUUGUAGUUGGCACUCUCACCCCAACCUCUGUUUUCCUUUCCUGGGGCAUCCUAGUCAACCCUCAACAUGACUGGACAGCAACAAAUAACUGUGCUAGCGACAGGUUCUAUACAGUUCGCUACAGAGAAAAGGAUAAAGACAAGAAAUGGGUGUUUCAGCUUUGUCCAGUUACAGAGACGGUGGUGGACAAUCUGAAGCCAAACACAGUUUAUGAAUUUGGAGUUAAAGACAACGUAGAGGAUAGUAUUUGGAGCAAGACUUCCAAUCAUAAGAUAGUUCUGUCUAAUAAAAAAGUAAAUGGACACCUCCAGAAUAUGUACAAGUUGGUACCUAAUGCCCAAACACAGCUUACACUGCGUGAUAAUAAGAAGUUGGUGCCUGUCACAAUAAUCAAACAAGUUAUUCAAAAUCGGACACAGUCGAAAACUGCAGAUAGUUCUUCCCUGCCAGGAGCAAUAUUAGUGCACCUUAUUGUUCCAGGUCUCAAUGAAACUCAGCAGAAACUUCCUCCUCUCCUGCCAAUAGAUGACAGACCUCAAGCAUCCAGGAAAAAACUGGCUAAGAAUGAAUCUCGAGUAUGGCCUGCUGAAUCCAAAACACCAGAAGUUCAAGAAAUCUCCCCACAGACCCUCCCAGCUCAGGCUGAGAAAAAAUAUGGACCUGAGGAAUUUAAAUCAACGCCUAAACCCGAGUUGGUGCGAACUCAAAACAAUCUGGCUUCUAAUGAAAUACAGCCACUUCCUUCUGGAUCCAGAAUCUCUGAUGCUCCAAAAAGUCUAUUGACAGAAUUUGCUACUUGGAGUCCAGGCUUGAAAUUGGUAUCUCUACCUUCUACAGAAGCCACAGAGAUGGAGAUGGCUUUUGAGGAAACACAGCCUGUUUCUUCAGGAUCCAAAACAUCUGCUACUACAGAAGUGCAACCAACCAGAUCUGCUUCACAUGACUUUCUUCAUGUUACUUCUACCCCCCAAACUUUUACAGCUUCAGAAAUACCAGACACUGCUAGCGAUACUACUGAGUUGAAAAUAUCCACGCCCAUAAUUACUACAGAGUCUCAAUUGUCAGGAACGGCACUGGAUUUAGGUGAAAGGAAGCCUCUUUCUUCAAGAUCCACAACAUCUGGCAUGCCAGAAAUGCCACCAGUCUCAGCUGCAAGCCAGAAACCAGACCUGGAAUCCACCUCAUGGACUUCACCAGAAACCACAAGGCCUGCGAUGGCUACUCGAAGACCAAGGCUGAAGUCUACCACUCCUUCCUCCCUGCCAACCCAGCAAACCGUGAUGGCCUCACAUGACUUUCUUGAUGUUACUUCCACUCCCCAAACAUCUACAUCUGCAAAAAUAUCAGAGCGAGAGACUGUAAUUAUUCAAGCACCUUUCAAACCUGCUUCAUCUAACAACAUUGAAGAGGAACCGGCAACUGAUGAAACACCGCCUGUUUCUUCAAGACCCACAAUGUUUCCUAUUCCAGAAAUGCCAUCAACAAAAUCUGCUACCCAGAGACCAGGCCUGAAAUUCACAUCUCAUCCCUCCAUUGAAACCAGAGGGAGCGUGAUGGAUUUUCUUUCAGCUUUUGAUGAAAAGCAGGACAUUUCUUUAGGAUCUGAAACACCUGACAUCCAAGAGAUGCCAUUGACUGUGCCUGCAAGCCAGAAACCAGACCUGGAAUCCACCUCAUGGACUUCACCAGAAACCACAAGGCCUGCGAUGGCUACUCGAAGACCAAGGCUGAAGUCUACCACUCCUUCCUCCCUGCCAACCCAGCAAACCGUGAUGGCUUCCCUGGACUCUCAUCAUAUUACUGUCCGGUUCCAAACAUCUGCAUCAGCAGAAAUAUCAAAAAUAGAGACUGUUACAAGUUCAGCUGACCUGGAAAAAUCUGUCCCCUCACUUUCCAGAACACCUCACGUGCUAACAACAACAACGGCUUUCGGUGGUAUUCAGCCUGUUCUUUCAAGCCCUGUGACACCUAGUAAGCCUGAAAUAGCAGAUGCUGGACGAGCAACAAGCGAACCCAUUCUGGAAUCUUUCACACCUAAAACUUCUCGUGCUUUUCAGUGGCCAAGGGUAACAUUAGCUCCAAAAGAAAUACCACUUAUUCCUUCUAAACUGAAACCAUCUGCCUCCCCAGAAGUACAGCAUGUGAAACCUGCCCCUAAACCACCACUUUUGGAGCCUAAAAUUUCUCAGAUGCUUGAACAACCAAAAGCAACACUAGCUCCUAAAGAGGCAAAACUUACACCUUCUGCAUCUAAACCUAGACCAUCUGCCAGACCCAAAAAGCCACGAACUAAACCUGCAGCAACCAUUCCGGUGUCAGUCACUACUAGGAGUCCCUACACAUUUGAGCGUCCAAAGCCUGCAGAGGUCUUGGAACCUAUUACACUUAGAAUUGAACAACCAAGGUCAACGAUAGCUCCAAAGGAGAGUCAGCGUGUUCCUUCUAAACCUAGAACUUCACCCAAACCUCAUAUCCCACAAGUCAAAGAUGUCCUGGAAUCUAUAACCCGUAGAACUGAUCAGCUAAAACCAACAAUAGUUCCAAAGGAAAUACAGCGUGUUCCUUCCAAGCCUAGAACACCACCGAUUUCAGAGGUGCCACAAACCAAGCCUGUUCUGGAACCAAUUACAUUUGGAACUGAGAAACCAAAGUCAACAGCAGCUCCUAAAGAUACACAUCUUGUGCCUUCUAAACCUAAAACAUCACCCAGUCCACGUGUUCCUCCAACUAGAGCAAGUCCAAAAGAAAGUCGACGAGUUCCUUCCAAGCCCAGAGCAUCACCAAGUCCAGAUGUACCACACACAAAACCUGUUUUGGCAACUGCUACAUUUACAAGUGAACAGCCAAAGACAGCAACAGCUCCCAAAGAACCACAAUACGCUCCCUUUAGACCUAAAGCACCUCCCAUCCCAGAUGCUCCACACAGAAAACCUGAAAUCAUUCCAACCUUCCACGAACCAGAAACUACUAUGAUUCCUCAUAUUCCUGAAAGAACAAAGGCAACAUUGGCUCCAACUGAAAAACAGUUUGUUCACACCAAACCAAAAACAACUGAAAAACCAAGAGUGCCGCACACCAAACCUGCAGUACAUCAGACAACUCCACUACCAAUUAUUACAAAGUCUUCUACUACUACUCAGCGUUCAAGGGCAACAAUGGCUCCAAAAGAAACACUGCUCAUUCCUUCCAAACCCAAAACAUCUGUCAUGCCAGAAGUACCACAGACGAAACCUGCUCCAAGGGCAACACACCUGGGAUCAAUUAACCUUAUAACUGUUCAUGUUGUUGAUGGGUCCAAAGUGACUUUGGUUCCCAAUGAAACAUACCAGAUUUCACCCAAGCCCAAAACUGCUCUAGCAACUGAAAUUCCACGGUUCCAUACAGCACCUCAUAAAACACGUCACACUUCUCCAAGACCAAAGCCAUCUGAUAAAUCACAGACCAGACCUGCUCUUAGUAAAACCACACUAGCACCACCUAGGACAAAAGCACCUGGGCUGCCGAAGUGGAUUGUGCCAACAGCAGAUGAAGUAUAUACACCCGAGGAUAUUGCCAGAGAAUUUGGCAUGGAUGUGAAAAAACCUUUGGAAUACAGUCAUACCUGGGAAAAGCCGUUUGCUGUAACUACAUCACCUGGCCCUCGGCAUCCUCCUGUACCUCCUGUCAAGCCUACACAAAUGCGAAGAAAGCCUCUGCCUCCAAACACUGUGACUGGUAAACCAGGGAGCCCAGCUAAACCUGCUGGACCAACAACACCUGUGAGGACAGGAACCUCAUAUAAGACACCAACAGCUUUUGCAACUCCAGAGUAUUAUGUUGAUGCAACUGUCUUCAGCUCAAGUCCUACAUCAGAAACAGACUCUUCAGGCAAACCAAGGUACCAAGCCCCUCAUGUCAAGUACAUGAAGAAAGAUGAUGAUGUCCCUUGCUCUAUUACAAGCUCUCUGGAACAUUUUCCUCAAGAAGAAGCUGGCAGCAAGGAAGAACCUACUCGUCCUCCACAAAAUCCUCCCACCAAUCUCACAGUGGUGACUGUUGAGGGUUGUCCAACUUUCGUCAUAUUGGAUUGGGAAAAACCAGACAAUGACACUGUUACUGAGUAUGAGGUUGUGUCAACUGAAAAUGGAGCAAGUGACGGUGAAAAGGAGAAAUCGAUCACCACAACAAAUCAAACCCAUUCUACUGUGGAAAAUCUAAAACCUGACACAAGUUAUGAAUUCCACGUGAAACCUAGAAACCCUCUUGGUGAAGGUCCAAGUAGCAAUGUUGUGCAAUUCAGUACUGAAUCAGCGGACCCAAGAGUGAGCGAGCCAAUUUCAAUGGGAAAGGAUGCUAUCUGGACUGAAAUUCCAUUUGAUUCGGACAGCUAUUCAGAAUGCAAAGGGAAACAAUACGUAAAGAGGACUUGGUAUAAGAAGUUCGUAGGUGUGCAGCUGUGUAAUUCUUUGAGAUACAAGAUAUACCUCAGUGAUUCACUUACAGGAAAAUUUUAUAACAUCGGAGACCAGAGGGGCCACGGAGAAGAUCACUGCCAAUUCGUAGACUCAUUCUUAGACGGAAGGACGGGACAGCAAGAAGAUCUACCAGUCAAAGAUGGAUUUUUCAGGGCAGUUCGCCAGGAACCUGUCAAAUUUGGAAAAAUAGGCGGGGAAACUCAGAUUAACUAUGUUCGCUGGUACGAGUGUGGAACAUCAAUACCUGGGAAAUGGUAGAUGCAACAUGAACUUGGUGAAAAGGCCCAGCACUUACCACCCCGCUCCGGCUGCCCAACGCAGGCUCCAAGAUGGAAAUGUUUAUGGUAUGCCUGGCACGUAAAUAAGUUUGCUGAUGUGCAAGGGUUUAUACAAGUCUAAUGCCAAUACUGCAUUAAUUGUGUAAUAGCGUAGGCUGCUUACUGUAGUUAUCCAGUUUUACAAAUUUGUUUUUAGAUUUAAAAAAAAAAUAAAUCCCAAAGUGGCUAGGGACAUGUUGUAGGAUAAUGCAUAGGGAAGCUGGCUCCCUAUUCUUGAGGUAUGGUUUAUAUGGUAUUUUAAAAGAUAUGGUGUGUAUAUUAUUUAUCACAGUGUUGUAUUAAAUGUUUAAGGCACGGUUACAGCAGAGUUGGUCAUGGAAUGCAAUGUGCAUUAGUUUUUAAAUAUUCAGUGUGUGUAUGAUGUGCCAUAAGCUACCUGUCUGGAUAGAUCUGUAAUGUCUCCCCAGUCAUAAAUUAUAGAAAAGACCCUACAGUUUUUAAUAUCCUGCAACCAGUAAACUUGAAGCGCUUUCUCCUUACACGUACAAACAGUUUAUACCCCUGCCAAAAAGCUGGGGCAGGUUGCUAUGCGUGCAGCUUUAAACCAUCAGGUUAGUGGUUCUUUUCCAUGUUUGUUGUCAAGUGCUUCAGCUCCAGCAAAACAGUACGUUCAGCCUAUAGCUACAGAGGUAGAGCCACUGCCCGUGAGCGCAGCAGUGGUUUGCUGGUUGGUUUGGUUUCCUCCAGUUAAAGCAGACAGGUACAUACGUACAGGGAAUAAUAAAAAUCAAAACUGGCCUCCACGGCUGUGGCUUUUCAUGAAAAUGUAGUUUUCAGAGACUGAAACUUCACCCGUUCAAAAGCCAAAUGUACGUACAGCAAGACUUGGAAAGAUAAAGGAAAUGGGAAAAAAUAAGCUACUUAUAACAGCAUAAUCUGGUUUGGUUUGUUGUUGUUUUGGUUGUUUUCUCUUUUGAAUGGUCUAAAACAUUGCUCAUUGGGGACAAAUGGGAAACAGUGAUAACUGACCUUUGAAACUGCUUGAUAGUAACUCUGAUUAAAACCUCUCCCAAAGCUACUUGUUGUACUGCUUGAACAUUUAUGAACUUAAUAAAGAGAUGUAGGGUUUGUUUGGUUUUUUUUUAAAGGUGUUAUUCAUUACAUUACUAAUGUAUGGAAAAAAAUAUGAACAGGAACACCCAGAUAUAUAUAUAGUAGAAACAGUCAUUUAUAGAAAAAUGCCUUAUAAAGUACAUUGCAGGUACACUGUACUCCAAAUAAAAUAUUUUUUAAUCAA